AUGGGAAUCGUUGACCGUGCGGCGGUGAAGCGAACGGACGUCGUUCUCGAGAUCGGUCCGGGAACCGGUAACCUGACGGUCCGCCUCCUAGAGAGGGCGAAGCGGGUGAUUGCCGUAGAGCUGGACACGAGAAUGGUCAGGGAGGUGAUGAAGCGCGUGGAGGGAACAGAGUGGGAAAAGUCGCUCCAGAUAAUCCAGGGGGACGUGCUGAAGGUGCCCCUCCCCUUCUUCGACGUGCUCGUGGCAAACGUUCCGUACAACAUAUCGUCGCCUUUGCUGUUCAAGCUCUUGGCGCACCGCCCGAUGUUCCGGUGUGCGGUGAUCAUGUUCCAGGAGGAGUUUGCACAACGACUUACCGCCAGGCCAAACACGGACAUGUGGUGCCGCUUAUCCGUGAACACGCAGCUCUUGGCGAAGGUCGAUCAGCUCUUUAAGGUAAAUCGGAACAAUUUCCGUCCGCCUCCCAAGGUGGACUCGCGCGUGGUCCGAAUAGAACUGCGCAACCCGCCGCCGCCAGUGAACUUCACGGAGUGGGACGGCAUGAUCCGCGUGAUCUUCAACCGCAAGCACAAGACGCUGCGGGCGACGCUGACGACCAAGGCCACUCUCAAGCUGCUGACGAGCAACGUCAACACGUACCGAGCGAUCAGCAGGGCGGCGGCAGGGGGAAACGGACCCGUAGGCGGGGGCCAUGCAAAGUCGAAGGCAAAGCCGGCAAGGGGUGCUGCUGUUGCCGUAGACGCUAUGGACGAGGAGAAGGAGGGAGAGGGAGACGUGGGGGACGGUCGUGCUACGGAAGCGGAGGUAAAGGAGAUGGUGGAAAGCGUGCUGGAGAGGGAGUCGCUGGAGGGGAGGAGGGCCGCUAGCAUGGACAUCGACGACCUACUGGCGCUGCUUUCUGCCUUCAACGAAAAGGGCGUCCACUUUGCCUGAUUGACUGAGUCGAUCCCGUGCGCCAUACGGAAUGUUCUGUCAAUAGUAUGGUAUGGCAUGGUAGUUGUGUCGUUACGCGAUGGCUUCUAGUAGGUUGAGGUGGUGUCGUGGGUUGGAUUUUCAGGUCGGUUUUGUUGACUCAUGAAAGAAGGGGCUAUGAUGCUGUACGGAGCAACGUUGUUUCCGAUCGGAGUGAGCCACCGCCUACUGGUUUCGGCUUCGGGGUACAAAGUCGAGGAGUAUGCUAUGGUCUACUGCUGUUCUCUCUGCUUUGCUCGUCCGCAAGCGUGGCGUAUGAGUAUUGACUAUCUGCCUAGGGAGUUCACGUCGUGGUUGGGUGGACGAAGAGGAAAUUGACAUUGCCGAACCGCUUGGUAAAGAGAGUCAGUCGCGUUUUUCUUUUUAGUCCGACAAUGGUCAGGUUUUGUCGCCACUACCACUACCCCCCGGGCAUCCAUGCACUGGAGUGGUGUUCUGUGGUGGUGUCGGUUCUUGUUUGGUAUGUAUAGGCCUACCUGGCCCCACGUACUACUUGGUAUCGUACGGAAGUCUGCCUCUCUUGCCCGGCAUUGGUACAAUACCGGUGCGGUGCGGUGCGGUCGGAACUAUCCCGUGAGCAGAAAUGACACACCCACCCACACG